AAGUUGUUGCUGUUGACGUGUUUCCGAAACCAAAAUGUUGUCACCCAACCGCCGGUAUUUAGUAUGAGGUGUCAACACGUUUAAUGCAAGGGAGAUUGUGACAAACUGGUAAAACUUUUAAACAGAAAUUAAAGCAUAUAUUUUGUCAGGGUUCCUUGUGUUCGGGGAUGUAUAAACGAAUAUUCAGGCCAUAAUAGGAUAUGGCGAUAUUCACAAAGCGGAUAUAGACUCAUAUGCGGAGAACUUUUGUAUUUCCAGUGCAAACACUGACAAAUAUGGAGGAAGAUGCAGAAAACCUCUCUUGGGAAGAAAAGUACUACCAAGCAGAAGGCCAAUUGCAGAAGUUUAGAACACAAGCUGGAAAAAUCAGAGAGCUGCUCAAUGAGAAGCUUAAAGAGUUUGAUGACAAACUUGCAAUUUCCGAAUCAAAAAGAGAGUUAGUCGAAGAGAAGGCAAAAAAGCUGAAAGCUUCUGUUGCUGACAAAGAUGAAGCAAUCAGUGCUUUGCGUGAGAAAAUAACUCUCUUGCGUGAUGAAAGAGCCAAGGAGAAUGAAAUCUGGGAAGAGAGAGAACAAGUUAUGAAGAACUGGAUAAAAGACAAAAUGACUAUGCUGUUACAAGAACUUGAAGUUGCCAAAGAGGAAAAGAAAUCAAUUGAAAGAAAACUUCUAGAAAAUGACAAGAAGAAGAGGGAUACAGUAGACGAAAAUUUUUACGAGGAAGUGUUCGAUCAAAUAUUAGGAGACCUAAAGAGACCAAAGUUUGCUUCGCUAUGGGAUCAUUCUGUACCCGGCUCUCCUGCUCCACUGUCACCUAGACGAUCUCCAAACGAUGAGACAUCUUUGAUCAGGCCUAAAGUUGCCACACCAGAACCUGUCAUUCGUUCAAAGGCCAUCCCAGUUAUGAGGCGAUGUGAUUCAGACGACUAUGGCCUAAGGAAGAGCCCGGCGUCUCCAAAGCCAGAUUCGAGGCUAGCAGCUCGGUUUUCAGAACGACGCUUCUCUGACAUUACCAAUCCAUUGUCGCCUGGUAGCGCGUCUCCUGUUCAAACAAGGAAGCGUUUCAAUUUCACCCCAGGAUCCCCAUCUUCCAUUUUAAGAAAGGGAUCCUCUGCGGAUGCAGUCGACAUAAAAUAUAGCGCAAAACCAUUCACUGUCGUCAAGGGCUAUGAAAAGCGCAUUUCCAUAGGGAAAGAAGUCAUAAAUGAUGGCCGAGAGACUUUGAAGAAUGGAGAGAAAGAUGAAAACAACGAGGAGGAAACGUUGAAAAGAAACGAGUCAGAUGCUGAGCCCUAUUACUUUGUUCUGAAGGAAACUUACUGCGGGAUCGAGUAUGAGGGCGAGAAUCAGCCACCAGUUUAUGCCACGCUGCGAGGGGUUGCUUCCCAAAUUCGCAUGACGCCAUUCACCGGCGAAUCAACUGAUUCCGAGGCUGACCUCGCUGACGUCGAAUCCCCGGCUGGCUCUCCGACGCAGUCGUCAACUUUCAAGAGCUACAUUAGCGACACUAAGAGCAAGUCCAGCACUCUGUCGUCUGAAAGCAUUUAUGAUUUGCCGUAUGACAGUGUAACGAAAGCAAAGCACAGGGAGACAUGGUUUAUUACAAAGCAGAGCUCAGCAAAAAACAGUACAAUGUCAAGGAGUCCGAAGAUAUUAAGGAAGUGUGCACCGUAUACGGCUGAGAACAUGCGGACCGAAGUUUUGGAAACGUCUGGGUACUUGAUAAAACUCGGUGGUCGUGUGAAAAACUGGAAGAAGAGAUGGUUUGUUUUGAUGGAUGGCAAGCUUAGCUACUUCAAAACGAAAGAUGACAUGAUGCGAAAACCGCUUGGACAAAUUUGCUUAGAGACUGUGUCUAGUGUUUCGCGCUCGGAAAGGCUCAAUACUUUUGAGCUCAAUACUCCAAAAAGAACUUACUACCUGACAGCUGAUUCUCCCGAAAUCGCCGAAGACUGGCUACGAGCUUUGCGCAACAACCUAAAACGGUUUUCUGGUGCUCGUAUACUUGCUCGAGCUGGUGAAAGAACUGUCCACGAAGGCUGGGUUACAAGGGUGAAAGGAGGUAUUUCGAAACAUUGCUGGUGUGUCUUGAAAGAGAAGACAUUGUUAUUCUACAAAAAUGAAAACGAACAUAGCCCCUGGGAUGCUGUGAAUUUACGCGAGGUUGUAAGCGUCCAACCAGUUCAACAAGGAACAAGCAGUUUUAUUGCUGAAGAAGAUGGCAGAUGCACUCUCAUGCUGCAAACAUUACGCGAUGAUCAUCCAGUUUAUCUCGUUAUUCCAUCUGCUAGAGAAAUGGAAGAAUGGCGUUCCCAAAUCAUCAAUCUUAAUAUUUGUGAUCGUGAACUAGAAACAGAUUUCGAAAACGUUGUCUCCAAUUUGAUGAGCGUUGAUGGAGAUUUAGGUAGCAGAUUCUGGCAAAAUCCCUCGCUGAUUCAUUCCAAAGUCCUAAUAAGGUGUCCAUUGUCAACAUUGCCAUCACCUGAAUUAAACAACGAAGCAAUACGGCUAUUCAAGAGCCUUACAUUAUACUCAACUACACCGCUGAACGAAAAGGCCAUUGAUUAUCACAUAUCGCUGGCGCAAGAUACAAUCCAGUCUUGCUUCAACCACCCAGAGCUGCAAACAGAAAUUUAUUGCCAGUUGAUAAAGCAAACCACAAAACUUAAAGUCAAGAAUGACAGCCGACAACUUAUACAGAGCUUUCUUUCUGGUCAGUCAGACUGGCUUUCUGAUACUAGAGAGGAUCAGACGAUCGACUUGGGUCCUGUCCCCGAAUUCACUUACGUGCAAUGCUGGCAUAUAAUGGCUUUAUGCAGCAGCUUGUUUUUACCGAAGCUGAAGAUCCUUUGGAUGCUCAAAGCGCAUUUGCAAAAAUGUGCGAAUCCAAGCUCUGAAACGGGGCGUUAUGCUUUGUACUGUAUGAGGAGCCUCGAAAGAACCGUUGCUGAAGGUGAAAGAGAAGCUAGACCCUCAAGGCCUGAGGUCCUGUCAAUCAUUCUCCGCAACCCAUAUUACCUUCCUUACCCCAUGAGCAUUCCAGUUUACUUCGUGAACCACGCCUACCAGGUGUUUACUUUCGAUGGGUCAACGACUGUGGCCGAGUUUUGCGAGAAGAUCAAUAUGGAAAUCGGUAUCCGUGAGUGCUCUGAAAGCGGCUAUGCUCUCUUCAGCGAUAAUCCAAUUGCUUCGGUAGAGCACUGCCUUCAAUCGGAACUCAAGCUUUGUGACGUCAUUUCGAAAUGGGAGCAGGCACUGAAAUGUCUGGGACAAGGCAAGGUUGAGCGGCAACGUGUUAUAAAAUUGACGUACAAAAAUAGGCUGUAUUGCAAAAGCACGGCGAGACUGGAGACAACGAAAGAACGCUUUUUGCUUGCAUAUCAGGCCAAUGAAAGCAUCUUAGCUGGGCAUCUACAGCCAGCUCCAGAAACUGCAUAUCAGUUAGCUGCUCUUCUUGCUCAGAUUGAGUUUGGUGGUUACAGAGAUAAUUUCAAGAAACUAAAUGAAGUCAUCAGCAGAUUUGUCCCCGAUUAUCAUCGUGGCUGGACAAAGCUCGGCGAUGCUGGAGGCUCCAAGAGAAAGAUGUACAAGAGCAUUUCAGACUCAUGGUCAGACCUCCGUGGAAAGAGUAUCGAUGAUUGUGUUAAUAGCUACCUAGGAAUUGUUCGCAGUUUCCACCUGUUCGGUUCCAAGCUCUUUGAAGCUAAGGAACGACUUUUUUCUGUCAAACGCGAAGAGCAGCGCCCUGUGAUAAUUGCAGUCGAAGAAGAGAAAAUUGCCAUACUUGACUCCUCCACACGGAUGGUUAUAAGGGCAUACAAUUACACUUCGGUUAUCACAUUCGGUGGCUACAAAGACGAUUUCAUGCUUGUCAUUCAAGAUGACGUCAUCAGCUGUAGCGGAAAAACUGAUCGGCAUCUUUUUGCAAUGUCAAAGGGAAAGGUUCUUGAAGUAACUUUUCUUAUCGCAAGUUACAUAAAUUCUGUGGUGACGAAAAAAGGACUAAACCUUGAACUACGAAAAGACAAACCUCGUUCUGAGAGCAACCUGUUAGGAAAAAGAGGCUCUGUACAACUUUGGGACAUGGAGAGUUUCGGAUGAAGCUAAUAGCUUUGUAAAUAAGUUAAAGAUUAAACUUCGAAUAUAUGAUUAAUUUGUAGAGUUUGUUCAUAGGAGAAUAAUGCUGUUCUUAUGAUCCCGAUUUUCAAUGACGACUUAUGUUGAAAUACGGCGACUUAUGUUGAAAUAAGGGGAAUAACAAUAUGGUAAUCUAUAUCUUUAUUGUGGAUAUCUCAGGAAGAAGCCUAGUUAUGUCAAAAUUUUCAUGGUUAUGCAAAUAGAGUAUAUAGUUGAGGGGACAUAUUGCCCUCCAGCUGACUAACAUUCCGUUGAUACCAUACUUGUUCACAAACUUGAGAAGAAGCGAGAUAUCAUAUUGUAAAUAGAUAGUAGAUUCCAAUGCUUGCCUGAGUAUGGCGCUGGUAUGGUAGUUGCUUAGCUAACUACGAAUACCUAGAUAUCUCAAAGUACGCAAGGGCCGGAGUGCUUUGCAAGAUACAAGUGAUAGGGCUUUUUGAUGUAUAGGCUAAAUGCUUCAAAUUCAAAGAAGAACAUUUUUGUAUUUAUUAUUUGGAAGCACGUAUUUUGCCUGCAUGACUGCCCCCAACUCUUCCCUGCCCCCACAUCACUUUACACGCAAAGGAAUGCUUUAAAUCACAGUACAGUAGAUCAUUCCUUGUAAUAUUGAUCAAAUUACACAGCUGUAGUGAAAAAGGUCUUUCUUUUUAAUUUUCAUUUAAAAAAACUUGACAGUUGAAACCUCCUUGGUAGAUAUUCGCCCACUUUGAGACACGCCAUCGUCGUUUUGUGACGAUUUCAGGUUGAUUAUUUAAAUCCCAGUCGACAUGUUAUAUGAUUUUUGCCACUUUGUCAAAGUGAGGCGGAAUAUUGCUGUGAGUUUUAUAAGUAGUUGCUUGCAACAACAUCCGUUUUUUAAAGGCUUAUGUCCAGAGAACUUUUUGUAGCAGCAAAGUGAAUAGUUUAUUGCCUUGAUUCGUUUCAAUUGCUGUAUCGUCUAGUGUAAAAGGUUUUUACGCAUAGUUAACGGUAUUCUUGUAUGUAAGUUAGAAGCAUUCUUAGAUCUUUUGUGAAAUUAUUUUUGUAAAGUAUGACCAGGUGAACAAAUAAUUUGUUUCUUAAAGAUUAAUUGAAAAUCACUAGAAAGGUUCUAGAAAGAAUUUGAGUGUUUUUAUUGUUUAUCUUCUACUUUAAGAUAUUGUGUUUAUUGUCUUUUUGAUUAAAAGACUUGCUAAUAUUUUAGAGCAAUGAAUAACUGUUUCAAUCUGUGCUUCAUGUAAUUAUGGUGCUGUUCAAGGACUCCGUCUCAUUUCCAAUUAAAGGGAUUAGGCCUUACAUAUGCAAUAGCCUUCCACUAGGGAACAGGAUUGAAAAGAAACGGAUCUCUCUCUUUCUCUUACUUAAUUAGGAUGCUGUUGAAGACAGUCAUGAAUUCGUCGAAGUAAGUAAAUUUUCUUCGUACACAAAAAUUCAUUUAUUUGUUGCAAAAAAAACUAAAAGGAAAUCCAAUACAGGGUUGUGGUUUUUUAGAGAGUUUAAAAAUGCUAAUAGUUGUUUAUCCGAAAAUAAUUCAAAUUUUUUAAGCUAGUGAUUUCUUAAUAAUCACGAUUUAUUGUUUAUCAUUUCUGAAGCGAUUUAAGCCAUAAUCAGCAAUUUUGAAGAAAUUUCAUGAUAAUAUGAAGAUUAAAGGUAGUUCCCCUGAUGAUAAAGUACGUUUGGCCACGCGAGGUUUUUGUUAUUAUUGUGCGGUCACGAUGGUAUCCAGGAAUAAAAACUUCGUAAUGUAGUCACUGAGCGAAUUUAAAGCAUGUUCCCUUUUGGAAGGGAUCAUAAUCACUUCGUAAUGCUUGGUCAAAAAUUCAACUCAUGACGUAAUUUUGCCAGUCACACUAAACAACAUUCAUUUUGAAAGUCUUUGUUGUUUAUAUCGUUCUUUCAUUAACAAGAUUUUAAAGUACCGAACUUUGGCAGAGUGUUAAAUUGGCCAUGCUUCUAGGCUACAAAAUACCUAUAUAUACAAGGGCUAUGGGACACAGCUUCAUUCGAACGAAGCACAAGAUCUCAACAAAGCUUGAAUCCAGCCAAUCUAAAGAUCAAACCAAUCAUGAAGUUAGUGGUGGUUGCCCUCCUAUGCGCAUUUUCAGUGGCACUUGCUUUUCCAAAACAAGAAGACGAGUUUCCAGAAGAAGACCCGUCCCCGAUUAAAGGAGUACCAUACUACCCAAAAGGACAUAUUGGCAAAAAAGGCGUACCUGUAACAAUCAAUGGCAUCAUGAGAGUGAAAGGAGGCUGCGGUUUAUACGGUCAUAAGGGUUUGUGCAAGGGCUAUGGAGGUCUGAAGGGAAGACUUAUGCUGCUUCGAAUGCACGGAGUCAUGGUUCCCCUUGGCUACGGAUAUGGCCACGGCAUUGGGCUAGGACACGGCCUCGGUUUGGGACUGGGUCUUGGCAAAGGUGUUGGACUAGGAGGCCUUGGAGGGCUUGGGCUAGGGAAAGGCUUUGGCUAUAGAGGUCACUUGCACCACAAAGGCAAGAAGUAACCGGCUGGCAAACUUUUUGUUAUGAACUACGAUUUAAAGCUGACACAAAAGACAGAUAGUUCUUUGUAUAUUUGAGUAACCAGAAUGCAGAAUUGUUUGCAAUCAAUUUAAAGUGUGUUUUCAUUUCUAAAAAUAUGUUACAAUAACCUUGUUGUUUUUA